AUGGUAGACCCAAUAUUUGAUUACCAGUUUAGGCUUAUUUUAAUCGGGGAUAGCACGGUAGGCAAGAGUUCUUUGCUGAAAUAUUUUACAGAUGGAAAAUUCGCAGAGCUAUCCGAUCCAACUGUGGGGGUUGACUUUUUCGCUCGUAUUAUCGAAGUUCAGGACGGUACAAGAAUUAAAUUACAACUCUGGGACACUGCAGGUCAGGAAAGGUUUAGGUCGAUCACGAAAUCUUAUUAUAGGAACUCAGUUGGAGCUCUUUUAGUUUACGACGUGUGUAAUCGAUCCAGUUUCGAACACAUACCUUUAUGGAUGAUGGAAGCAAAGAGACAUAUAGAACCACAUCGACCAGUGUUUGCAUUAGUCGGGUGUAAAGUUGACCUUGUUGGAUCUGACAAUAAGAAUGGAGCAAGAAGAGAAGUAUCAUGUGAGGAGGCCAGGAUGUUUGCUGAAGAAAAUGGACUUCAUCAUGUCGAAACAUCGGCAAAGACUGGCCUGAAUGUGGAACAAGCAUUCAUACUUGUGGCUCAAGAAGUUUAUAAUCGCAUACAAACGGGUGAGUACAAAGUUGAGGAUGGCUGGGAUGGAAUAAAGACAGGUUUUAACCAACCGAAUGGUAUGGAUUUCAAUCUACUUGAAGCGGAAACUGUUCAAUCUACCUGCUGUUAG